UGUAUAGGGCCAUUUUGAUGGGAAACUUGGAUGGGAUAUUAGAAAAGUUUUACACACUAACUUGCGGAACCCCUACGACCGGUCUAUAAAAAAACCUCUCUCACAACCUCACUCUCAUGCUAAUAUCGAAGAGUGCAGAACAAAACACAAUGGGAUUCCGCCGGUGCUUGUUUGUUUCCAAUAUGUGUUAUACACUUUCAAAAGUUGUGUUGCUUCAUCUCGUGGUUGUUAGCUCAUCAGUUUCCUCAUUGCAGCAAUCUUGUCAUGACGAGGAGAGGUCUGCCUUGCUGCAGUUCAAGGAAAGCUUCAUCAUUAACAGAUCUGCCUCGUAUUCUGAUGAUGCUUAUCCAAAGAUUUUGCAAUGGAAACUAGCUGAGGGACGAAACGUCAGCUGCUGUGCAUGGGAUGGCAUUGUGUGUGAUGAGAGGACGGGUCAUGUUAUUGGCCUUGAUCUUAGUAGCAGCUGUCUCCUGGGCUCUAUCAACUCCAACAGCAGCCUUUUCCGGCUUGUUCAGCUUCAAGUGCUGAACCUCGCUGACAACAACUUCAACUCCUCUCGAAUUCCUACUAGCAUUGGGAAUUUCCCUGGGCUCAUGCAUCUUAAUCUCUCUGGUUCUUCCUUUUCUGGCCAAAUCCCUUCCCAAAUUUCACAGCUGGCCAACUUGUCGUCCCUUGAUUUGUCUUGCAGGACUCUCACUUCACCGUAUCCUAGCUCCACUAGCUUAUUCGGAAAUUUGCCUUCUUCAAUCGAAAAGCUUGAUUUAUUAAACACGCUGGAUUUGGCAUACUGCGACUUCUCGGGUUUGGUUCCAUCUUCACUUGGUAAUCUUAGGCAGCUCAUACAUUUAGACCUUUCAGAAAAUUACUUUAACGGUCCAGUCCCUAGUUCAUUGGCAAACCUCACCCAACUGAAGGAGCUCCAUCUUGGAAUGAAUGAUUUUAGUGGCUCCAUUCCCUCUGCUCUCGGUAGUCUCAACAAGCUCGAAGUCCUGUCACUUUUCGCUAAUCAUUUUAGCGGUUACAUCCCGGCUUCACUAGGAAAUCUCACCCACCUCACAGUACUUUAUCUGUAUUCGAAUCAGUUAACAGGUUCAAUUCCUUCUCUAGGAAAUCUCACCCACCUCACAGACCUUAUUCUAUAUGAGAAUCAGUUAACCGGUUCAAUUCCUUCUCUAGAAAAUCUCACCCACCUCACAUACCUUUAUCUGUGUUCGAAUCAGUUAACCGGUUCAAUUCCUUCUCUAGGAAAUCUCACCCACCUCACAUACCUUUAUCUGUUUUCGAAUCAGUUAACCGGUCCAAUUCCUUCUCUAGGAAACCUCACCCACCUCACAUACCUUUAUCUGUUUUCGAAUCAGUUAACCGGUCCAAUUCCUUCUUUAGAAAAUCUCAUCCACCUCAUAAUACUUGAUCUGUCUUCCAAUCAGUUAACCGGUCCAAUUCCUUCUCUAGAAAAUCUCACCCACCUCAUAGAACUUAAUCUGUCUUCGAAUCAGUUAACCGGUCCAUUACCUAAUUCCUUAUCCAAUCUCAUCAAUCUCGAGUUAUUUGAUGCAUCUGAUAAUAAUCUGACUGGUACAGUGGAGUUCCGCAUGGUGUUUCAUAAGUUACAAGGGCUCACCGAUUUACAAUUAUCUCGUACCAAUCUGAAAAUUUUCACAGAAACAGAAAGUACGAAUGCAAGCCUACUUCCAAAGUUAGAAUUUCUGGGAUUGAGUUCGUGCAACAUAAGAGAGUUCCCAAGUUUCCUGCAGUAUCAAGAAACAUUGGUGUUCUUGGACCUUUCCUCCAACAAUUUGCAUGAAGUACCAAAAUGGAUGUUGAACACAAGCACAGAGACUUUGGCGGAGAUGGACAUUUCUGACAACUUCCUUUCAAGCAUUGUCCAGCCUUCAGAUGCCUUUCCUUGGGUUAACCUACAAGUUUUAGUGCUCAAGAAUAACAAUCUACAUGGAGCAAUUUCACCAUUGAUCUGCAGUCUGACUUCUCUUCAGUUCCUUGACCUCUCCAACAACAAUAUGAGUGGAAUGCUUCCCCCCUGUCUCGGAAACUUCAGCGAUGAUCUGCUAGGUUUAUAUCUUGGAAACAACUCUUUCAGCGGCUUUCUUCCUGAAAUAUACACCAGCACAAGCAGUCUGACGGUGAUUGAUGUUAGUCAUAACCAAUUGCGAGGGCAACUACCAAGGUCGUUGGGGAACUGCACGACACUUGAGUUUAUUGAUCUGUCAUACAAUAAAUUCAGCGAUGUUUUUCCCUUUUGGUUAGGAGCUCUUCCGGAGUUAAAAGUUUUGAAAAUGCACCGGAACGCGUUCUACGGUCUGAUGGAGAAACCUCAUCAGGACAAUGUUGAAUAUUUCCCUGAGUUACGAAUUCUGGAUCUAUCUUUUAAUAGUUUCAGAGGCAAAUUUCCAUGUCAAAAUAUCUUUUCCGGGAAUGUCAUGAGGGGUGUCACUCGAGACCAGUCAACAUAUAUGAAGGUAGAUUCAAGUAUCUUUUCUAAUCAUGGUGUUGGUAAAUCAUUUGAGGAAUAUUACUCAAUCACGAUAACUAGCAAAGGUGUGGAGAGAUAUUAUCCGAAGAUUCUAGAAGCCCUUGUAGCGAUUGACAUCUCAAGCAACAAAUUUGAAGGGAGGAUUCCUGAAUUUAUUGGGAACCUAAAGGGGCUGAUGUCAUUCAAUAUAUCUGGUCCAAUACCUCAUGGAACCCAACUUAUUUCAUUCGGUAGCAGUUCAUAUGAAGGAAACCCUGGAUUGUGUGGAGAUCCUUUGCCAAAGAAAUGUGGAGAUCCUAAGGCUCCUGGCCUAUCGACUUCAAAAAUCGAAGAAAAUUAUUCAAGCUCGUUUGAAUUUGAUUGGAAAUUUGUUUUGGCUGGUCUCGGAAGUGGGUUGGUAGUGGGAGUUUUUCUUUCUGAUGUGGUGAUCACCAAGAAGCAUGAAUGGUUUGUUGAGAUUGUUAAAACCAUCAAGCUGAUGAUAGGAAAUUCGUAAGUCCACUAUAAGGUUAUGCAUUUGGUGUUGUUUUUUGCUUGUUUUAUAUUAUUUCUUUGUACUCCUUUUUAAUGUUAUGUCUUCCUUU